GAAAACUAUUCAAAAUAUUUUUAGAAAGCUCUCUCUCACUUGAGGAACCUCUCUCAUUCUCUCAACAGUCAAAGAAGGCAAUCCAAUGGCAGAUGAUGAUCACAGUGAGCUCCCUACAGUUCUUGUACUUCGCCGGUGCCCAUUCAUUGCUCUCUUGGAACCCAAAUGCUCCCAGAAGUUCAACUUACUAAAAGCCUGGGACUCUCCUCUCCCUCAAGACCGGUUCUUGACCACUCACGCCCGCUCCGUCCAGGCCCUCCUCUCCUCCGGCAAUGGGCCUCCCAUCACCGCCCAAAUCCUGCAGUUGCUCCCCUCCCUCAAACUCGUAGUCACCAACAGCACCGGCCUUGACCACGUUGACUUGGCCGAGUGUCGACGCCGCGGCAUUGCGGUCGCCAACGCCGCUAAAGUGUUUGCUGAGGACGUUGCUGACACGGCUGUGGGGCUGUUCAUUGAUGUCAUGAGAAAGAUUUCGGCUUCGAAUCGGUAUGUUAGGGGUGGGCUGUGGGCUUGCAGAGGAGACUAUCCUCUUGGUUCUAAGAUUGGAGGAAAGAAGGUUGGUAUUGUUGGAUUGGGCAGCAUUGGGUUAGAAGUCGCAAAGAGAUUGGAGGCAUUUGGCUGCAGUGUCUCGUACAAUUCAAGGAGCGAAAAGCCGUCUUUGUCAUACCAAUUUUAUUCCAAUGUGUGUGAGCUUGCAGCAGACAGUGAUGCUCUGAUCAUCUGUUGUGGACUGACAGAGGAAACCCACCACAUGAUCAACAAGGAAGUUUUGUCUGCGUUGGGAAGAGAGGGGGUGAUCGUUAAUGUAGGGCGCGGAGCUAUUAUCGAUGAGAAGGAAAUGGUUGAGUGUUUGGUGCGAGGAGAGAUCGGAGGUGCUGGCUUGGAUGUGUUCGAGAAUGAGCCUAAUGUUCCUAAAGAGCUCUUUUCAUUGGAUAAUGUUGUACUGUCACCGCAUCAAGCUAUUGUUACACAUGAAGCUUUUGUGGAUUUGGGUGAAUUAGUAACAGGGAAUUUGGAAGCAUUCUUCUCAAACAAACCGUUGCUUUCUCUGGCUGUCAUUAAUUGAAUGGAGUUCUGUUUGCAGGGUACAAAAUUGAUACAAGAAGGAAUUAUCAAGGCAAUGAGGGAAGACAGUGCUGAAGAACUGCACUUUUAUUGUUACUGGUAUUAUGUACAGGUUGUGGUCAGUGUGAAUAAUUUGCCAAUGGUGAUGAUUGUUGAACUUUUGCUCUGUUUUUCAAGAGGGUUCCAUCCCUUGCGGAAUCAGUAUGUCUUAGUCUCAUCCGAAAACAUAUAUAUGUAGCCUUAUAUUUGUUGUUGUAACAGUCACCUAUGAUCUAAUGGAUGCUUGUUUUUAUGCCGUUCGUAGCUUCUCUUUGUUUAUUGUCAUUCUUUGAAACCAGGAGAGUGGAGGAAUGAAUUGGUGUAAAAGGUUUACUGUAUUUUUUUUUUUUUUU